AUGGGUUCAGAUAAGCCUAUUCGUAUUGGUUGUUAUAGCGCUUUUUGGGGUGAUUCUGUUACUGCAGCGGAACAACUGGUUAGACUGGAGAAAGGCGCGUUAGAUUACUUGGUUGGAGAUUAUCUUUCUGAAGUGACAAUAGGACUACUUGCACGUAACCGUAAUCAGAAAGCAACAGAACGUAAAAACUUAAAAGGUGCUAGCGAAAGUGGUUACAUUUCCGAAUUUAUCACCCAUGUCCUACGACCUCUACUACACCAAAUCGUCAAAUAUAACAUUAAAAUAGUUACUAAUGCUGGAGGUUUGGAUCCUUUAGCAUGUAAAUCAGCAAUUGAAAAUUUAGUCAAAGAUUUUAAUCUUGAAAGCAAAGUAAUUGUUGCCGCGGUUACAGGUGAUGAUAUUUUGGACAAAGUGAAUAAUGAUGAUGAAUUACUUAAAUUUACUCAUAUUCAAGGAAAUUCUGAAGAUACUGAAUGGUUUCCACUUCGUGAUAAAAAGGUUAUUUCACUUAACACAUACCUUGGUGCCAUUCCAAUUGUUAAUGCAUUAAAAUCAGGUGCUAAUAUUGUAGUUACUGGGCGUUGUGUGGAUAGUGCGUUAGUAUUAGGUCCAUUAAUUCAUGAAUUUAUGUGGAAUCCCCAUAAUGAUUGGGAUUUGUUAGCUUCUGGAUCAUUAGCUGGCCAUAUUAUAGAAUGUGGAUGUCAAGCAACUGGUGGUAAUUUUACUGAUUGGAAAGAAAGUGUCUUUUCACCCGGUGGUGGAUGGAAUAAUAUGGGUUAUCCAAUUAUCGAAUGUUUCAAAAGUGGUGAAUUUUUUGUUACUAAACCCAAAGAUACUGGUGGACUUGUAACACCAGCGACAGUUGGUGAACAAAUGGUAUAUGAAAUAUUAGAUCCCGGUGCAUAUAUUUUACCAGAUGUAAUUUUGGAUCUGAGAGAUGUAAAGUUGAAGCAAGUAGGAGAUAAUAAAGUUUUGGUUACUGGUGCAAAAGGUCGAGCACCAACAAAAUAUUUGAAAGUUUCUGGAAUUUACUUGGAUGGAUUUAAAAUGACUGGACAAUUGGUUAUUGGUGGCAUUGAUGCAUGGAAGAAGGCAGCAGCUGUCGCACACGCUAUCCUCAUGAAGACACGUGUGUUGUUUGAAAAACACAACUUGGGCAAAUAUAGAGAUGUUAACGUCGAAGUAUUAGGAGCUGAACAUACUUAUGGAGGUCAUGCCAAAACUCGUAAUACCCGUGAAGUUGUGUUAAAUAUUACUGUUCAUCAUGAUAAGUUAGAAGCUGUAAAAAUUUUUGGGAUGGAACUUGCUCCCUCAGCUACAAGCAUGGCACCGGGAAUUGCUGGGAGUGGAUUAGGGCGUCCUCAUCCUUCACCGUGUCUUGUACACUUUGCACGGUUGAUAUCAAAAGAUUCAGUUUCGUCAUUUGUUAUUGUUGGAAAUAAAUCAGCAGAAAAGGUAACUUUUGAUGGUCCUACUCAUAAUGAUAAUAUAAUACCACCGCCACUUCCAUUAUCAGAAAUUCUAAAUGAAAUGGAUUACGAAAUCGAUAGCGGAAUUAUGAUUAAAGUACCUUUAAUAAAAUUGGCAUGGGGAAGAAGUGGGGAUAAAGGUGAUGUUUGUAACAUUGGAAUCUUGGCACGUGAACCUAAAUAUUAUCCAUUGUUGAGAAAUUCAUUGACUGAGGAGGCAGUCAAAGACUACAUGAUCCAUUUAUGUAGAGGUGUAGUUAAGAGAUACGAAUUACCUGGUUGUAAUGGAUUGAAUUUUGUGUUGACUAAAUGUCUAGGCAA